CGCUCAUAAGUUAAGUAGAACUAGGUGUUAUGUCUGCCAAGGAACCCACCCGACAACAACUCUCCUCUCGUUUACAGUACCAAUCCCAUAAUAAAGUUCAAGGCAUAACGGACGAAGACGAGGACGAGCCACAGUACUAUGAUGACGGUUCGGGACGUCCACCAAUACCCGUCCGUCCUGCGAUACCCGAACGACCCGACGAUGAUCCUGGAAGUGUAGACGAAGACGACAUUGAUGAAAGACCUCAGGUAGUUGUGCUGAAAGAAGGCAAGCAUCUCACAGAGAGGGAAGCAGAAAAUGAGAGGCGGAAAGAGAAAGGAUUGCCACCACUCCCUGAUCCCAACAAAAAAGUCGAGAAUGAUACCAAGGAUGACGCGAAAUCAGACAUGAAUUCUUCGAAGAAGAAGCUAAAAGAGGCUGCUGUCACUCUGUCGUUUUCUUCUUCAGGUGCGAAGGCCCAACAAUCCAACAAGCUCAAGCGAAAGGUUGUUGGAGAUUUGGAUGGCAGCGAUGAAGGCACCAAGAAAGCAUCGAAGAAAAAGUCGAAGAAAACACGGAAAGGACCACUUUCAUUCGGAGAAGACGUGUAGUUCGAGUCUUGGGCGUAUUAUGCCGCAAGGAUACCUUCUUACCUUCGUCAUAAGCCAUUUAUUCCUGAACUAGGUUUGUGUUCAAGCGAGGACACGACACGACAACUUUCCAGUUCCUUGCUGGAGGAACCUGUUGCAAAAGCAGGAACAUUGGCGUUACUUAUAUAACGCCGCGUCAUACAGCUGUACGGGCGUGCUCUCAGAAGUUCAGCGACACGGUGAUUUUGCCGAUGAAUUCAGCUGUGAGUAUGGUCGAGACGAGAGAGAGCAUCGAAAAACCACGAUGUACGUCGUGGGGCCCGUACUCUCAGUUUCUCUUGGACUCCUAUGACUGCAUUAGUUGCAGACGUUGGUAUCUUAAACAAGCGUUUAGUUCGUGUAGUACAUACUAGCAUAAUAAUCCGCAAUGAAUAUAACCUUCCUGCACAA